CCUUUAAUCUUAUCCUAAAUUUAAAAUUAGAAACUUCUUGCAUUUCAUUAAAAAAAUACGUGAAAAAUCGUUUCGUGAAAAGUAAAAGACGACAAUACCCUUGAAAAGAAUUAAAUCACAUAAAACUCGCCACGAAAUUCUCAUAACACAAUUCGCUAUUUCGCUGUCUCUUAUUUGUGUCCGCAGAAGAAACGAGAGAAGAGAGAGAGAAGCAAAGUCCUUACCAAGAAUAUUUAUAACACAAACAUCGAGAGAGAGAGAGAGAGAGAGAGGUUGUGGUUGUGGAGAUAAGAUCAAUGGGGAAGAAGAAGUGCGAGUUAUGUUGUGGAGUAGCGAGAAUGUAUUGUGAGUCAGAUCAAGCGAGUUUAUGUUGGGAUUGUGACGGUAAAGUUCACGGAGCUAAUUUUCUGGUGGCGAAACACACGCGUUGUCUUCUUUGUAGCGCGUGUCAGUCACACACGUCUUGGAAAGCUUCUGGGCUUCGUCUUGGCCCAACUGUUUCUAUCUGUGAGUCUUGUUUAGCUCGUAAGAAGAAUCACAGCUCCGUCGCCGGAAAGAAUCAGAAUCUGAACCAAGUAGAGAUCAUUAGUAGAGAAGAUGAUGAUGCUGAAUCUUAUGAUGAGGAAAGCGAUGAGGAAGAAGUGGAGAAUCAGGUUGUGCCGGCGGCGGUAGCGGAAGAACUUCCGGUGGUGAGUUCGUCGUCUUCUGUUAGUACCGGCGACGGAGAUCUGGUGGUGAAAAGGACGAGACUUGAUUUGGAUCUUAACCUCUCCGAUGAGGAGAACGAAUCUCGUCCGUUGAAAAGAUUAUCGAGAGACGAAGCUUUGUCAAGAUCAACGGUUGUGAUGAACUCAGUCGUGAAAUUACAAGGAGGGAGGAGAAAAUCAGAGGGAUGUGAUACAUCAUCGUCGUCUUCAUUUUAUUGAAAUCGCCAAUAAAAGUAGAGAUUUUUAGCCGUUGAUGAUUCUUUCGUUGGUUGAUAGAUUAAUCCUCACCGUUCAUUACUAACAAUACUUUUUAGUGGGUUGAGUUAGUUUUAAGACAUUUUAAUAUAUAUUCGUAUUGAAGCUUUUUCGUAGCUGUUGAAGCUUUGUAUUAUUAUUAUGUUGAUUUAUUUUUUGUUUAAGCUA